AUGAUGCCCAAUUCAACAUACUCACACCCGUCAGUGCUGGAACUCAGCUUUGGACUACUGACAGCACUAAAGUAUCUCUAUGGCACCAUUGUUCUUCUCCUUUUCCUAAUGAUCGCUGUGUCCAGUAGCACCGUGAUCACCACCAUCGCCUUACACAGGACUUUGCAUGAGCCAAUGUACAUCUUUAUUGCUGCUCUGUGCAUCAAUGGACUCUAUGGUAGUAUUUGCUUUUUUCCUGCUCUCUUUGUUAACCUUGUUUCCCAAACCCAAACAAUUUCCUACAUUGGCUGUUUAAUUCAGAUAUUUGGUAUCCAUACGUAUAUUGGGGGUGAAAUAGGCGUCCUGGCUGCCAUGGCAUUUGACCGGUACCUGUGCAUCUGUAACCCUCUGAGAUACAACAGCUUAAUGACCUUUAGCACCAUGUUCAAGCUCAUUGGUGCAGCCUGGUUGUACAUUAUCAUCCUAAUUUCUAUCCACGUGAUACUGACCAUCCGCCUGCCCUUGUGCAGCUCAGUCAUACAGAAGAUUUACUGUGACAACUGGUCAGUGGUGACACUCUCCUGCAUAGACACCACCCUGAAUAACAUAUUUGGCCUACUUAUAACAUCAGUCACUGUUUUGCUCGCAGGGUGCAUUGGUAUCUCAUAUAUGAAGAUUCUAAUUGUGUGCAUGAAGUCCUCUAAAAAUGUCAGAGCAAAAGCCUUGCAGACCUGCACCCCCCACCUUAUAUCUCUCAACUACUUUGGAGCAGAUAUUCUCUGUGAGAUACUUCUGCUUCGUUUCCCUGUUAAUGCCAUGCCAUAUCAACUGAAGAUUAUCAUAUCAGUGCAAGCCUUUGUCUUUGCCCCUCUUCUAAACCCCCUAAUGUAUGGUCUGAAAAUGAGGGAAAUAAGAGUCAAAAUAGGCAAGAUCUUUUACCCAAAGACAAUUUCGCAGGUAGAAAGACAUGGGAAAGUGCAGGAACAAUGA